CCUGUGACGUCACUUCCGGUAUUAAGCUCCGCACUGUAGACAGCUGGUUAGCUCAUCCUCUCAGUCUACUCCGUCGGUGACGUCACCAGGUGUCAUUACUGGGACAUGACGUCAUCAGUGAGCUGCUAACACCAGGAGGCUCGGGGAGACACAUGGAGCAGGAGGUCGCUGGUAACACGGGCCCAAUCAGAUUUGAGGACGUGGCGGUGUAUUUCUCGGAGGGGGAGUGGCGGUGGCUGCAGGACUGGCAGAAGGAUCUGUACCGGAGUGUGAUGAGGGACAACUACGAGACCGUCACCUCACUAGGGGGCGCCGAGAGCAGCACUGCAGGUUUCCCGGCACAGAGAUGUGAUGUCCUGUUUGUUCGAGGCACAAGGAAACCUCCCAUUAAGGAGGAGCACGAUCCCACCUCUCUUCCUGAAGAUCUGGACAUGUCAUCCAUCAGGACAGUCAUCAUAAAGGAGGAGUCUGCUUCUCCUCCACUCGUCCUCCAUAAAGGCCCUUGUACCAAGAAGAGGAGAAGACGAGAGGCUCCAUGCACGGCAGGGGGGAGCGAGCGCCUCACGCCGGUCAAGAAGGAGGAGUGUGAGAUAGAUUGGCUGGCCUUCCCCUUGAUGGUCGGCACCUCGUCUCUACACCGUGUCCUCGACGCCUCCUCUCAGAACAAGAUCUUCAUGAAGCGAAAGUCGGCGUCCGUGCUGCUGGACACCUAUCGGUGCGAAUCUGACACCUUCCCGUGCAACAUCUGCAAGAAAACCUUCCCCAGUCGCUACCGUCUUCGCAUACACUCUCGGGUUCACACUGGGGAGAAGCCAUAUAUAUGCCGGGACUGCGGUAAGGGCUUCUCCCGCUCUGACUAUCUGAAGUCUCACCGCCGGCUCCACACCGAGGAAAAUCCAUACAAGUGCCCCGAAUGUGACAAGGGCUUCUCCGAUAAAGUCACCCUAAGGAAGCACCUGAGAGUCCAGCACAACCGCUUGGACCGAAGGCUGAAGGAGGUGAGGCGUCUCCUUCAGCAAGACCCUGCUGGCCGCCUCUCCAACCCCCCCCAGAAGAAGCUGCAUGUGUGCGACAUCUGCAAGAAAGGCUUCAGCAAAUCCUACAACCUUAAGGUUCACCGGAGAAUCCACACUGGGGAGAAGCCCUAUCAGUGUCCCAAGUGCGACAAGCGCUUCUCCCAGAACAUCCGUCUAAAGAUCCACAAAACCACGCACGAGGAGUGGGCGCACGAAGCCGGACGCUUUAGGAGAGCCAAGCCCGCCGCUCCCCCUGAGAGGAUACACAAGUGUCACGUCUGCGAGAAGAGCUUCGGCAAGUCCUACACCCUAAAGGUCCAUCUGAGAAUCCACACGGGGGAGAAGCCAUAUCAGUGCCAGGAGUGCCAGAAGAGCUUCUCCAAGAACAAUCUCCUGACCGUGCACAAGAGGAUCCACAGUGGAGAGAGACCCUACCAAUGCCUGGAGUGUCCCAAGAGCUUCAGCGUCAUCUCCCACCUCCGUGUCCACCGAAGAACCCACACCGGAGAGAGGCCAUACAAGUGCACCGAGUGCACCAAGAGCUUCAGCGACUAUUCCUCCAUGGUGCGCCACCUGAGGGUGCACUCUGGGGCCAAGCCGUACCUCUGCACUAUCUGCAACAAGAGUUUCCGGGAGAAGUCCCACCUGACAGUACACAAGCGCACUCACACAGGCGAGCGGCCUUACAAGUGCGGUGAGUGUGAGCGGGCCUUCAGUGACUGCUCCUCUUAUGUAGAGCACCGCCGGAACCACACGGGCGCCAGGCCCUACAAGUGUGAGGUGUGCGACAAAAGCUUCACUAAGGCCUACACCCUGAAGAUCCACAACCGAGUCCACACCGGGGAAAGGCCCUACAAGUGUAACCGCUGCCCCCGCAGCUACAGCAUCAAGUAUCACCUGAAGGUGCACCAGAAGACCCACGACAUGGAGGCCUGUGGCCUGAGGACAAUACUAGUGGAGUAGUUGGCCCUAGAGGAUAGGUAGUAAAGAUGGCCGCCGCGCUCCCGCUUCACGCUUCCUAUGCUGCAUGUCUAUAACAUUUGUCAGAUCCGUUCCUUAUUUAUUUUUAAUAAAUAGUUCAG